GGGAGCGCGCAGAGGCUCGCUCCGUGUAUCCGUAGCCCCGUGUCACGUAUCAGACAUCUUCCCAAGCCGCGCAGGCCGGCGCAGCAGCGGGCACAGCACCGGGCACAGCACCGGGGCACAGCACCGGGCACAGCACCGGGCACAGCACCGGGCACAGCAGCGGGCACAGCACCGGGCACAGCACCGGGGCACAGCACCGGGCACAGAGAGCCACCGGCCCCUCUCCGGAGCCCAGGGCUCGCUCAUGAAUGAACGCCGAGCAGGCAGCACCAUGGCACACGGACAGGCGGGAGGCUCAGCGAUGCACCGCUAACCACCAUGGAAACCAGGAGGAAUAAGAGCAGCUAGCGAGCAUCUCUCCCCCCCUCCUCUCUCCGCUGGAUUGCCAUUCUCAGACAGCCAGGCAGCAACAGCGCUUUGGCAAACGCAGGGGAUCUCAGCUGGCAGCACAGAGUCUCUCGUGUUGUAGGAUAUCAAUAGAUGCAUCUUUGUAUUACAGACUGUUAGACACACGCAUGCACACCGACUCACACCCAUGCAUGCGUGUAUGCUCAUCUAUUCAGACUCUGGCUUUAAUACCAGUAUGUCGCUACCUGAAGUAAGGAUUCAAAAUUACUGAGAUGCAAGAACUCCUCCAGCCCUGAAACUACUCUUAUUAGAGGAAGACACUUUUCUGUUAUUACUCCUUGCAAUUGAGGUUAUUGAAGCCAGAAUAAGAAAGCCAGUGAUUAGCCUGAAUUUGCCAAGAUGACAAGCUAUUUAUUAUAAGGUCAUCCUGUCAUUCCUGCAAACACUAAUCAAUCAUGGGAUUUGAAGUUAAUACUACUAAAUAAAUGAAUURUUUAAUCUCCUAUGACCAUCUAUACAUACUUCAUCUUCAGAAAGCUCAUCAAUUUUAUGUCAUCAAGGAGAGAGUGACCUUCAUUUCCACAAAAUGCUUCUUCCUACUGGACAAGUUGGUUACAAAUUUAUCAUGUAUCCUCAGGAAGGAAGUCCUUCACGAUCRUCAUUUGAUAAAAGCGAGUUUGUGCUGUAUUAAUUAACCAGGUCAUACUGAAUUGCAAGACCGAAAUUGUGGAAUAAAAAAAGGGUCUGUUACUUUCCUGAUCAUUGGAGCUAAGAUGAAGGACCUSCAGCUCAAAAUUAAUUUGCUACUUGGUCUAGUUACCACUGCUCUGCUACAAGCUGUAGGAAAAAAAGCAGACUGCCCAGAGUCAUGUAUAUGCGAAAUCAGACCUUGGUUCACCCCCAGGUCUGUCUACAUGGAAGCUCCAACGGUGGACUGCAAUGAUUUAGGCCUUUUUCAUUUCCCAGCCAAACUGCCUGCUGACACACAAGUUCUACUUCUACAAACKAAUAAUAUUGCAAAAAUUGAACACUCAGUAGACUUCCCAGUGAAUUUAACUGGCCUAGAUUUAUCUCAGAACAAUUUAUCCUCAGUGACCAGUAUUAAUCUUAGGAAGAUACCACAGCUGCUUUCAGUGUACCUUGAAGAAAACAAACUUACUGAACUCCCUGAAGAAUGUCUCUCUGGACUCAACAAUUUACAAGAGCUUUAUAUUAAUCAUAAUCUGCUUUCUGUGAUUGCACCGGGAGCUUUCAUAGGCCUCAAUAAUCUUCUCAGACUUCAUCUCAAUUCAAAUGGCCUGCAAGUGAUCAACAGAAAGUGGUUUGAAGCCACUCCUAAUCUUGAAAUUCUCAUGAUUGGAGAAAACCCAAUAAUCAGAAUUGAAGACAUGAACUUCAAGCCUCUUAGCAAUCUGCGCAGCCUAGUUUUAGCAGGUAUAAAUCUCACUGAAAUACCAGAUAAUGCUUUGGCCGGCCUUGACAAYUUAGAAAGCAUUUCCUUUUAUGACAACAGAUUUGUCAGAGUGCCCCACAUUGCCCUUCGAAAGGCUACAAACCUUAAAUUUCUGGAUCUAAACAAGAAUCCCAUUAACAGAAUACGACAAGGAGAUUUUAGCAAUAUGCUGCACCUAAAAGAGUUAGGAAUCAAUAACAUGCCUGAACUGAUUUCCAUAGAUAGCCUUGCUGUUGAUAAUUUGCCAGAUUUAAGAAAAAUAGAAGCGACCAAUAACCCCAGAUUAUCAUACAUUCACCCCAAUGCAUUCUACAGACUUCCCAAGCUGGAAUCGCUCAUGCUCAACAGCAACGCGCUGAGCGCCCUGUACCGCAGCACAGUGGAGUCCCUGCCCAACCUCAAGGAAGUCAGCAUCCACAGCAACCCCAUUCGGUGUGACUGCGUCAUCCGCUGGAUUAACAUGAACAAAACAAACAUUCGUUUCAUGGAGCCGGAGUCCCUGUUCUGUGUAGACCCUCCUGAAUUCCAAGGUCAGAAUGUGAGACAGAUACAUUUCCGGGAAAUGAUGGAAAUCUGUCUCCCCCUGAUAGCUCCUGAAAGUUUUCCAUCUACACUGGAUUUAAAAGCUGGCAGCCAUAUUUCCUUACACUGCAGAGCAACAGCAGAACCAGAACCUGAAAUCUACUGGAUAACACCAUCAGGACACAAACUUUUGCCUAAUACUAUCUCUGAUAAAUACUACAUUCAUUCUGAAGGAACAUUAGAUAUAAGUGAUGUGACACAAAGAGAAAGUGGCUUAUACACAUGUAUAGCAACAAAUUUAGUUGGGGCAGACCUAAAGUCAGUCAUGAUUAAAGUGGAUGGUUCUUUCCCUCAGGAAAACAAUGGCUCUUUAAAUAUCAAAAUAAAAGACAUAAAAUCUAAUUCUGUUUUGCUUUCAUGGAAAGCAAGUUCUAAAAUUCUGAAGUCCAGCGUUAGAUGGACAGCCUUUCUGAAAGCCGAAGACUCCCGGGCUGCACAGAGUGCUCGAAUACCAUCUGAUAUAAAGGUAUAUAAUCUCACACAUCUAAAUCCAUCAACUGAAUACAAAAUUUGUAUAGAUAUUCCCACUAUCUAUUCGCAGAAUAGGAAACAAUGCAUCAAUGUAACCACAAAAGGACUGGACUUGGAAAUGAAAAGCUAUGAAAAGAACAACAUAAUGGGAUUYCUUGUCUGCCUUGGUGCUCUUUUGGGAAUCAUCUCUGUGAUGUAUCUCUACAGCUGCAUCUCUCAAGAUAUGAACUAUGGCAUUGGACACAGCUAUCUAAGGAAUUACCUGAAGAAACAAUCCUUUUCACUCAAUGAGCUUUAUCCUCCUCUUAUCACUCUUUGGGACAUGGGCAAAGAAAAAAGCACAGCAAUGGAAGUAAAAGCAACUGUAAUAGGUGUACCAACAAAUAUGUCAUAAAUAUGUCAGUAUAUCACUCAAUUUUGGAAAUAAAAAGCACAUGACUGCAUUUGUGCUGAACAAAAAGGCAACAAGAAAACGUAUUCCUCUUAGGAACUAGAUGCCUGGACUUUGCUGCUGCCAACAAGUGGAAUAUAUAUGACUCAGUAUAAGAGAAGAAUUUUAAUUAACUGGCUUCUAAGGGUAUUCUACCAACCAAAUAAAAUUAACUUCAUAUUCUAGAACUUUCAUGGGACGUUAAAGUCUGGAAUACAGUGGAAGUAGCCAAGAACAUUUUCUGUAUUUCUUUUUUAAAUUAUUAUAUAAAAGUAGUGGAACUGAGCAAUACCUCCUCCUGUGCUGUAUUACACACAAUAGCCACGAGUUUUUGCAGUGAACAGAUAUACUAGGAUUGACAUAUGGUGUAAUGAAAUGGACAAAUUCUGUAGAGUAGACACAGUGAGUAUGUGAAUUUUUUUUAAUGAGAAAAUACAUUUUUGAUUAAAAUCAAAAUACUUUUUGUCUUGUUUGUUUCUAACAAUAAAAACAACCCACCACUCUGGGAGCUCUUGUCUGACAAUAAACAAACUCAUUCCAAUGUCUGAUAAAAUAUCUCUUUACAUAUUCUCCUAUUGAAAUGCUAAUAUGAAUACAAAGGAUAUUUCUGCUGAUUUUCGGCUGUAUAGCAUUUCCAACAGAAACAUAGGUUUAGUGUCAGUUUUUCUCAAAUUCUGUUUACUCUAAGAACAUUUUAAAGGCAAAAGGGAUGUUGGAGAUGAGGCUACUUAAACCAACUUAAAUUAGAUUUCAGCAUAGAUAUGGGUUAAUGAAUAGYUCUUUGAUCUUUUUAUUAUAGACACUCUUAUGUGUUUGUGUGAAAUAAUUUUGUUCCCUUAGCAACAUGUGAGCCUGCARAUCUUUAUUUCAUUAUAUCUGUACUACAUCAUUUUAUUACUAGRCAAAAGUAGUCUCUUCUAGAAUACGUGGCAGUGUUUUCCAUGGCAAUACUAUGAACUACCAUCCAUAUAAACAUAACAUCUUGAACAACUACACAGAAAUAUCUGCAUGGUAUUAGCCAUUUUCCAUGACCAAAGACAUUUUUCAUGUCAAAAUCCCCACAGAARCUACAGAUGAGCAGUGGAAUUCUUGUGUAGCUCUGUAUAAAAAUGGACAACUGUUCCUUCUACAGAUAUCCUGCAUAAACCUGAAGUCCUUUAGAAGUAAUAAAUCCACCUUGUAGCUUUAAUAGCCUAAWGCAUAUUUAAGUGGCAUUUUUAUACAAGCAUGAGAAAAAAAUGUAACAGCAUUUUUUUCAGCAAAGUACAAUCUCUUAAAAAACAUAGAAAUAACUUCUUAGUAAUGCUAAAUUAUGCUUUUUCGAAAUCUCUUCAUUUACACAACAGCUGGGUUUUUUUCCACACAAGGCAUAGGGCUAAAAUUUUCAUAUAUUUCAUUAAUUGGGAUGUUUACUCUCUUUAAUGGGGGUAAGAACUGACAAGGAUUGAUAUUUAAAUUCCUCAGAAACAGAAAAGUUCUGUUACASAGCUGUGUUUCUAUUUAUCUCAUAGUUUUCUCUCAGGGAUACAAUGCAUUAAAAGCAGUACUUACUGGUUAUUCAAACCAGAAAAGAGUAGUUCAGAAAUAGAUUAACUUUUCCUUGGCAUUUGACAGCAAACCUCAUUCUGAAAUGAACCAUUAAUGAAAGACAGAAAGCAAACAUAAACAUUUGAAAUACCUGGCUAGGAAAUACCCAAAAUACAAUACUGAAUGAACUUUUUGAUCAAUUUAUGUUACUUUUUCUGUCAGCUACUARACUGAAAGAUAGUGUUCUAUUCAUAAAAAGAUUAGGAAUUUACUUCUUGAUGAAGCAUUUACUGCCAUUUAAAAAAUAAAU